CCGCGGCCGCGCCUCGGCCCCUCCAGCCCCGGCCCCGUGCGAGCAUGCCCAGUGCAGGCCGCUAGUUUGGCUCGGCUCUCGGUUUCCAGUAAGUGGCUUGCGGGACUCGGGCGAGAUCCCCAGGAGCUGAGCCGGGAGUCUUUGUGUGCAGAGGGAGGCGGCGGCCGCCGGCCUGGAGACCCCGCCGGGGCGCUCCGGGGGCAGCACCAUGCUAGCCUGCCUGGCCCGGGGGAACUUACUGGACGUCCUGCAGGAGGGCUGCAACGAGCAACAGCUGCAGGCGUAUGUGGCCUGGGUGAACGCACAGCUGAGGAAGAGACCUGCGGUGAAGCCCGUGCAGGACCUUCGGCAGGACCUUCGGGAUGGAGUGGUCCUGGCCUACCUCAUCGAGAUCGUUGCAGGAGAAAAGCUGAGUGGGGUCCAGCUGAGUCCCAGGAACCAACAGGAGAUGAAGAAUAACGUGGAGAAAGUGCUACAGUUCGUGGCCUCCAAAAAGAUUCGGAUGCACCAGACUUCGGCUAAAGAUAUUGUGGAAGGAAACCUCAAGUCCAUCAUGAGGCUGGUCCUGGCCCUGGCGGCGCAUUUCAAACCCGGCUCCAGCAGGACGGUGAACCAGGGACGGGGCUCCCGAGCCCCUCUGCAGAGCCACCAGCCACACUGUGCCACCGCCGUGGCCCACGGCGCAGCUGCUGCCCUGGCAGACGUGUGUCAUGAUAUGUCACGGUCGGGACGGGACAUCUUCCGCUACAGACAGAGGAACAGCAGCAUGGACGAGGAGAUCGAGAACCCCUGCUGGAGCGUGCGCGCCCUGGUGCAGCAGUACGAAGGGCAGCAGAGGUCCCCGUCGGAAUCCAGCUGCUCCAGCCUGACUUCACCCAGUCCUGUCCACAGUGCAAAAAGUGAAUCCAUAAUAAGCCAGUCGGAAGAAAAGGCCGGUUUUGUGAUUAUUCCCUCGGAAGGAAUAGAAAACCGAACAGAGGAGACAGACUCCCCCUUAUCUCGAGACUGGCAACCAGGGAGCCCCGGAACCUACCUGGAGACUUCAUGGGAAGAACAGCUGUUGGAACAACAAGAACAUUUAGAAAAAGAAAUGGAGGAAGCGAAGAAAAUGAUCUCAGGAUUGCAGGCCUUAUUGCUUAAUGGAUCCUUACCUGAAGACGAACAGGAGAGACCCUUGGCCCUCUGCGAGCAAGGAGUCAAUCCCGAAGAACAACUGAUCAUAAUCCAAAGUCGUCUGGAUCAGAGUAUGGAAGAAAAUCAGGACCUAAAGAAGGAACUGCUGAAAUGUAAACAAGAAGCCAGGAACUUGCAGGGGAUCAAGGAUGCCUUGCAGCAGAGGUUGGCUCAGCAGGACACCUCAGUCCUUCAGCUCAAACAGGAGCUACUGAGGGCGAAUAUGGACAAAGAUGAGCUGCACAACCAGAACAUGGAUCUGCAGAGGAAGCUAGAGGAAAGGAACCAGCUACUGGGAGAAUAUAAAAAAGAGCUGGGGCAGAAGGACCGCCUCCUCCAGCAGCACCAGGCCAAGUUGGAAGAAGCACUGCGGAAGCUGUCGGAGGCCAGUUACCAGCAGGUGGACCUCGAGCGGGAGCUGGAGCACAAAGACGUCCUCUUGGCUCACUGUAUGAAGAGAGGGGCAGAGGAGGUGACCAACCACAACAGUCACACCUCUCAGAGCAAUGGCUUCCUCCCCGGGGUGGCAGGAAAAGGGGCUGCUUCUGUUACCCACAGAGGGACCAGUGACCUGCAGCUUGUGCGGGAUGCCCUCCGGAGCCUGCGCAGUAGCUUCGGUGGACACGAUCCGCAGCACCACACCAUCGACAGCCUGGAGCAGGGCAUCUCCAGCCUCAUGGACCGCCUGCGUGUCAUGGAGACGCUGAAGAAGCAGGAGAGAAGGGUUCGUGGCAAGUCACCCAGAACUCAAGCAGAUGAUGAAUACUGGGAGUCCUGGCCCACUAAUUCAAAGCUGCCUCACUCCCAGAGCGCCCCGGCCGUCAGCAGCACCUGCACAAAAGUGCUCUACUUCACCGACCGCUCCCUCACGCCCUUCAUGGUCAACAUACCAAAGCGGUUGGGGGAGGUGACCUUGAAGGAUUUCAAAGCAGCCAUUGACCGGGAAGGGAAUCACCGGUACCACUUCAAAGCUCUGGAUCCUGAGUUUGGCACCGUCAAAGAGGAGGUUUUCCAUGAUGACGAUGCCAUCCCCGGAUGGGAAGGGAAAAUAGUAGCCUGGGUGGAGGAGGAUCACGGCGAGAAUUAAACUGAGUAUCAGGUGGAAGACUUUCGGAACUUGACUCUCCCUGGCUGCUCGACUCAGGAAAGAGGACUGAAACCAGGAAACACUACGAAGUUUCUAGUUCAUGCUGCCAAAAGAGAAGCUUCUCCAAGGGUAACAGCCAGAGAGGCCAGUCCUGUUUGUGUGCCUGGCACAUGUGGCCCUUAAAAAUCCCUGUCCAAAUGGAGACCCCGGCUUCCUCUGCAAUUCCUCGUUAUGGGAACACAGUGUUUCAUUCUGCUCUGAGGAUAACAAACCCAAGGCCUUAAGCAACGGGAAUGGGCCAUUCAGCUCUGAUAGGGGCAUGGCUGCUAGGAUCUGGAAACUGGGAAUCAGAGGCGUCACUGCUGCGUGUUACAGUAUUACUUGGCCUAGAUGGUUGCAGCAGUCCUGGUGUUUGUACUCGCAGACAAGGCACGGGUAACCUGUUUCCUGCUUCUUCGAAGCUGCUGCAAAUGCAUCAAGGGGGAAGCCCACUCCUCAGCCAUCUUUCUGGACUGGUCGUGGAUGGUGCAUUAUCUUGGACUUGCUGGGAAACAUCUGCCUCACAUGUGCUAUCCUUGGCCAAAACCAUAAUGAAGUUAGACCUUGGGCUGCCUCUGGUGUCUUAACUGGUUCUGCAACUUGUCCUUGAGCCCAAGGGGACAUAUUUCAAUGUACUGUUAGUUUUCUCUGGGGACUCUUUUAACUGGAGCCUUUUUAAACAUUCUAACUGAUGAACUUUGUAUUUGAAAGGAAUGAGGAGUUAAAAAACUCCUUGAGAAUCCAGGCGGGUGUGGAACGGUGCUGCUAUCCAUAUCUUCUUGACUUUCUUUCUUUCCCUUAGGACUUAAGUUUCUCUAUUGUUGUCUCCUUUGCACUCAAAAGGGAGGCAGAUCAUUAAUUUCAGUAUUUGUGAUUUUUUUUUUUUUGAGAACCGAGCAUGAGUUUCUGGUCUAUGCCUCCUUGUUUCAAGGCCAGGGUGUUUUGGUUUUUGGUUUUUCCCAUUACCUUGAAUCUAGGCUGAUUCUUUGGGGCACGAUAGAAACCAGGGAGCAUGGAGCCUGAGUUGUGAAUGGCAGGGCUGAUUCUGGGUGAAAAAAAUCAAA